AUGCAAGUUUGUCAACACCGUCCAUACGAAUGUAUUCAAGUUUCCUAUCGUGGUAUUAGCAAAUGUAUAACGAAUUUUAAUCGUCUAACCACAGUUAGUCAUGUUAUUGAUGCAUUACUCGAUGAUUUAUCUGAAAUACGUUAUUUAUCUGCAAAUGAUUGUUGUUUAUAUAUUGAACGUCAACCAUAUUUAUUUCCAUUAAAAUCCACAGAUUUCAUUCAAGAUAUUCUACUACGUUACACAGCAACACAUGUACAUUUUAAAUUAUCAUUUAAACGUAAUUCAUCACCGUCACGUUUUGCACAACGUAAAAGACUUCUGCGAACAGCAGGAUAUAUACAACCAUCACCAGUAAUAAAUGCCUAUGAACAGUUAAAAAUUCAAGAAUCAUUAAUUCGACGGCAGCAUGAAAUCAUAACGCAAUUAAGAAAAACAAAUCUAUCGAGUGAUUGUCGUAUUCAACAAAAUGGAACAUCAAAUUAUGGAAAUUAUUUGGAUUGGAUUACUCAAAAUGAGCAUGAUGGUGAUAUGAGUGACGAUAGCAAAACUUCAUUGGGUUUAAUGUCAACAUCCAGAAGACAUUCACGUCAAGAUGAAUAUCUUAAAGCAGUUAAUCAUGAAACAGUUAAUUCUAGGCGUUCAUUAUCACGCGUUCGUUUUCGUCCGUCAACUAUAAUAAAUACAGAUGAAAUUUCAACAUCACUGACACAAGUGAAAAGCAUUUUAAAAAAGGGUGCAACAAAUUAUUCUCAUAUUCCUCGAACUUCAAGUGUCGAUCGUGAUAUCAAUCGAUUAAUAUCUACUAAACAACGUAGAAACAGUCUAUACACAUUUGAUGAUGCCGAUGAUGAUAAUUUAACUGAUCGAAGUACAACAGACUCGUGUUUAGGUUCACUUUCAUCUGACGAUAAUAAUAGUUAUGUUAUCAAUCAACAACAAUUAGAAACACUUGUAUGA